GGUUGCUGGGAAGGCUUCUCCAUCAGCUUGGAUGAAUAAAGUUUUGAUGCCCUUGGAGCCUCCUGCGGAUGUGUCUACAGGGAGGACUUCUCCAGCUCCUACCUUGGAUGCUGUACACAAGCCCAGCUCCCAUCACAGGGGUUCUCCGACAAGGAAGAUCCUAUACACAACAGAUAAGAUAUCCGUGGAACAAUCUAAACAGAGGAGGCAAGAGCUGAAGGAACUCCUGCAGACAAGACAAGAGAUGGACAUAGUGCUUCAGUGGAAGGUGGCAUUUAUUGAAGGAAGCACUCCAUCUUCGGUGCCAGCCCCUGCUGCAGGAAGGAAGGCAAAGCCAGACACGGGCACAGGCACAGCAGACUGGGAGGCUGGGAAGGAUUCUGCAUUAGCCUGGCGCUCUGAAGUUGUGAAGCCCUCUGGGCAUUCUGCAGGCGUGUCUGCAGGGACGACUUCACCAACUCCUACCUUGGAUGAUACAGAAAAGCCCAGCUCCCAUGGCAGGGGUCCUACAACAGGAGAGACCAAAGACAUGGCAGAAAAGAAAUUCCAGGACCCAUUAGAAAUCAUGUGGCAAAUGCUGAAGGAAUGUCUGCAGAGAAGACAAGAAAUAAAAGGAGAGCCUGUGCAGAAGGAAGCAUUUGCAAGAGGAAGCAGUGGUUCCAUGCCAGCCUCUGCUCCAGGAAGGGAGGCAAUGCCAGGCACAGGCACGGGAGCUGAACCUGCUGGUGAAGGCCCCACAUCCAGGACUGAGGCUCUGGGAGAUGCUGAGGGUGUAUCUGCAGGGAGGACUUCUCCAGCUCCAGGGCUGGGUGCUUGGCCCCAACCCAGCUCCCAUGGCAGGCGUCCUCCAAAAGGGAAGACCCAAGAUACUGCAGCUAAAAUGUCUCAUGACUCAGGUGAAUUCCUGAGACAAACACAGAAGGAAGCACCCGGAGGACAAGUGAUGGACCAAAAGGCUGUGCAGAAGGAGGAACAGCCAGGGAGAAGCAGUGGCUCAUUGGCAGCCCUAGCUGCAGGAAAGAAGGCAAUGACAGACACAGGCACAGGCACAGCAGAUGCAGGCAGCACCACAAGACCUGUUCCUAAUGCCCAGGAUGGCCUCGGAAGGGGUUUCUGUCAGGGAACCGGCUGCUGGCUAGGGUUACUGGGAGGCAUGCUUUAUUUGGAGUUUGUCUUCAUGAUGUGCUGCAUUGGAAUCUGGUAUUCCUGGAACAGAAAACAGAGCACCUCUGGACAGCAGUUGGAAGAUGGUGGCUGCACCUCACACCCAGACAGCGUGAGCAGCUCCUCCAGCAGCAGGAACGGCCUGGACAGCCCUCUCAAGUGUUCUGUGAAGAGGACCCCAGAACAACCGUCUACGAGGAAGCCUCUUAUUGCCCCAUAGAUCCCACUGCCAUCUGCUCUCCCCAUGGGCCUCCCCAAGCUGCCUUCAUGCCUUUUUUUCUCUCCAUCUGUCCCAUCCCAGCCAACCCGAGUUCCUCCAGAGACACCAGGACCAGCCCAGCACCUUC